CUGCACAUUAUUUAGGCUACAAUGUCUCUUAAAAUGGCCCGGGAGCACUUGUUAUAUUCUUUAGAUGAUAAUUUAAUAACAGAGGAGGAGUUUACAUUACUGCAUGACAUGAACAGGUCCAGCAAUUUAGAUUUGCCGUAUAAACAGUAUACACCUUUUAAUUUGGAUGAUAUGGAGGACGAUGAAUGCCUUGCUGAGUUUCGGGUGAGAAAAACUGACAUACCACUGCUGGUGGAGGCUCUUGGCAUACCCGACGAGUUCGUCUGCGAGCAGAGAAGUGUGGUGGCUGGCACAGAGGCGCUCUGCAUGCUACUAAAGAGGCUCACAUACCCAUGCCGUUAUAGCGACAUGAUGCAGCGAUUUGGGCAGCGACCAGUACCAGUCUUGUGCAUGGCAACAAAUUGCGUGCUAGAUUUCAUUUACGAUGUUCACCAUCGCAGAAUUACCGAGUGGAACAACACAAUUUUAAACCCAGUUGCUUUGCAAACAUAUGCUGACUGCAUACAACAAAUGGGCACACCACUGGACAACUGCUUUGGCUUCAUAGACGGCACAGUACGACCUAUCGCCAGACCAGGAAUGAACCAGCGGGUGAUGUACAAUGGCCACAAAAGAGUGCAUAGCUUGAAGUUCCAGGCAGUUGCCAUCCCAAAUGGCUUAAUUGCCCACCUACAUGGUCCAGUAGAGGGAAGGAAACAUGAUUCAGGGCUUUUAGCAGACUCUGGUUUACUACCUGUAAUGGAACAGCAUGCAGUGUCCCCAGCCGGCCAUCCAAUGUGCCUAUAUGGAGAUCCUGCAUAUCCACUGCGUGUCCACCUCCAGGCCCCAUUCAGAAAUGUCAAUCUCACUCCCCAGAUGAUGGCAUUCAACAAAUGCAUGAGUGAAGUGAGAGUGUCUGUAGAGUGGAUGUUUGGAGACAUCGCCAAUUAUUUUAAGUUCAUGGACUUUAAGAAAAAUUUAAAAAUUGGGUUGAGUAGCGUAGGCAAACUGUACAUUGUAUCUGCUUUAUUAAGAAAUGCACUCACUUGCCUGUAUGGUAAUCAGACAUCCACAUUUUUUAAAUUGGAUCCUCCACACAUUCUGGACUAUUUUUCAUUAGUUAUUUACUCUCUGUCGAGUGCAUAUGUUAACUAAGGCUAAAGCCUUAACCCACAAAUCCAUUGAAAUAAAUUACUAAAUUCUAUACACCUUUGACAUUUUUAUGGUAUUAGUGUGAAUAUAUAUAUAAUGAUAAUAUUGUAGUAUAAAAUUGUAUUUAAUUGUUAAUCAAGACAUGUUAUAGUAGCAAGACUAUAAGAUCUCACCUUAACCCUCGUGCUGCCUUCGGGUCACAUGACCCAAAGGUUCAUAACGAACCAUCGUUGUGUUUACCCAAUUUUACCCAAUACAAAAACAAAUUAAAAUAAUUUUCUUUUAACCUUUGCAAUGUGGGGGGUCUGAGACAGCCUAGCUGUUAAAAGAAAAUGCUUCACUUUGUCUUUGUAUGCGGUAAAUCUGUCGCAAUACGACGGUGGGUCACAAUGACUGAUGGGUCAGAAUGACCCGAAGAUAACACAAGGGUUAAUAAAGAGCAAUGUCCCGACAUGCAUGUAUAAUAUUUUGUUUUAUUAUUAAACAUCGGUCAU